AUGGCACCGUUCACAAAUCCUACGUGUGGUAUCCUGUUCACCUACUUUGAGGGUGGCGAAAAGACCAAGUCGGUGAAGGAUGCGAGAUGGUUAAAGUCUCUGCUUCAACAUCCCUUGUACAGUGAUCACGAGCUAGAUGCGUAUGACCCUGACACUGAAAAGCAACGGCUUAAUCGGUUUCUAGACACUGGGGACAACGCUUUUGGGACAGAUUAUGGGUGGAAAGAAUCAUCUGUGGAGAUCCCACUACCUUUCGAGGGUCGAAAGACCCGUAGAGGCGAGAACGAGGCACCAAAACUCACUGUCAAUGGAGUAUGGCAUCGAAACAUCGCUAACAUCGUUCAGUCUGCACUAGAGGAUCCUAUCUUCACAACAUACAACACUACACCAUUCGAACAGCGAUGGAAGACAUCUGACAAUCGUGAUAUCCGAGUUUUCUCAGAGCUUUAUAGCUCUCAGGCAGUUCUUGAUGCGUAUGAAGAGAUCAACUCGGCUCCAAGAGCUCCUGGAGAUAAUCUCGAGCGCAUUGUAGUGCCACUUAUGCUCUGGUCCGAUGCAACUCUCCUCGCGAACUUUGGUGAGGCAUCGCUGUGGCCAAUCUACCUUUUCCUAGGCAACCAGUCUAAAUAUGUUCGCGGUAAACCAACAUCUCAAUCCUGUCAUCAUCUUGCGUACAUUCCAAAGCUCCCAGACGACUGGCAAAACACGUAUGCUGGUAUCUUUGGCAAACCACCCACUAGAGAUGUCCACACCCACCUCAAACGAGAGCUUAUACAGGCUAUAUGGGCGCUGUUGCUUCGUGACAAAGGUUUCAGACGUGCAUACAGAGAGGGCAUCGUCACAAAGUGUGGAGAUGGUAUAACACGCCGGGGUUUGAUACGGUUUGCUACAUAUUCUGGUGACUAUCCGGAAAAGAUUAUUCUAUGUACCAUCAAGUUUCUCGGACAAAUGCCCUGUCCGCGCUGCUUUGUAUUAAAGGUUAAUAUUCCGGAUAUGGGCACAAGAAAAGACAUGGAGUGUCGCCAGAAUAUACGAACCGACACCAUGCAGAGGCAGGAGCUUGUGCAGAAGGCUCGUAACAAGAUAUUCAAGAAAGGUUGUCCAGUUAACUCGAAGAAGAUCACAUCGCUUUUAGGCAAAUAUUCUUAUGUCCCUACUACAAACGCGUUCUCUGAGUUUCUGUUCGAAGAGAAUGUCAACUAUUUUUCCCUCUUCCCAGUUGACCUCCUCCACGAGUUCGAACUGGGGGUUUGGAAAGCAGUACUUAUACACUUGGUACGAAUGGUUUACUCGCUUGGUGGAUCUGCAAUCCAAGUUGUGAAUGACAGGUAUGCUAUUUGGUGA